AUGGCUUCCAGCACGAAUACAAAUCACGUCGAAGGGAUAUCAAUGCAUAAGUUUCCUGCAAAUGAGGAACAGCGGAAAAUAUGGAUAAAAUUUGUGCGAAAACAUCGACCGAAUUUUACUCCUACCUAUGCGUCAGUAAUAUGCUCAGCGCACUUCGAGAAAUCUUGCUUUGGAACACGGUAUCACAUUGACGUACCAGACGAGCUAAAACCAAAGGCAAGAUACUUAUCAGAAGGGUCAGUACCAACGAAGGAUUCAGUCGUUCUAGAAGAAAUGCCAGCGACUUCGCGUACGAAGAGAAUGGUGAGUCAUGUUCUACACAACAAAACAUUAUUCAAUAGACCUUUCCCCUUAUAACCAAAAUUUUGAUCUAAGCAAGUCUAGACAAAUAUUUCAUCACAGCUUGAAAGAGCAUCACAAAAUUAGUAAUAUUCCAAAGUUUCGUUGCGAAAUGUUGUAAAAUGAGGAAAAUGGAGCCUUGCAAAGUUUGCAAUUUUCAGUCAUUUUGCAUUACAAACGGGAAAUUGCAGUCCCAACACCCGAAUCGUAUGUCAAUUUCCCGUUUGUAAUACAAAAUGAUUGAAAAACGGCAAACUUCGCAAGGCUAUAUUAUCCGCAUUUUACAAGAUUUUGCAACAAAACUUUGGAAUAUUACUAAUUUUGUGAUGCUCUUUCAAGCUGUGAUGAAAUUUUUGUCUAGAUCGAGAUUUUAGUUAUAAGGGGAAAGGUCCAUUGGCUAUUAGAAAAUAUUACAGUAUUGCGAAUAGUUUUGCUUUGCUAUAGUCAAUUAAAGCUUUUUUUGAAAAUAAUUGUUGAAUCUUGCAGAUUGUACGGGACCAGCUAUCGCCAUCGGCAAGCUUCAUUCAUGACGUGGACGAAUUACCUAGUUCUGAAGCAGUGUUACUGCCCGAACGAAUUAGUGGCGAGUCGAGUAAUGAAACAGAAAUGUUUAACGUGAGCAUGGAGGAGGAGCCUCUGCAAACAACAGCGGAGGAUGAAAGUUUCAUGUCAGAGACAGCUCAUGGAUCGCUAUCUUGUGUCGACUGUGGUAUGAAACAAGAGAGAAUUGAAAAUCUCCAGAAGUUACAAUCGAAGCAAAAAAGGCGCAAUUUAAUGUUGCAAAGAGAGAAUACAAACCUCCAGAAGGUUUGUUAUAACGAAUUAUAUAUACCGUAGCAUAAUUUUAUAUAACUGUAGGAUAGCAGAAUUUUAUCUUGUCAGAAAAUAUAUUUUUGGGUUACUCCCCAGGCCUGGACACAAAGUUUAAAUUUUGCAAUUUUUGAGUCAUGUAACGGAUUUAUUGUAUUUCUCGUUUUAGACAAUUGAAUCUUUGCGACAAGAGUUGUCCUCGGGAGGCGAGAGUAGCAGUGACGAAGCAGAAAACGAGACAGGUGAAGAUAUUGGUAUCUUGGACGAAGCUUGGGAUUACGAAGCUUGGGAUUACGAAGAUUGGUUAAUGGGAGAUAACUCGGAGGACAAUUUGGGUCAGACACUGAAAGAUCCUGACUGGAAUGCAAAUAUGGAGAAAGAAGAAACUGACGCAUCAGAUGAUGACGAGCUUGACGAAACGGAAGACAACGAUAAUGCAUCACAGGAUGCGAGGUAGGCCUUCAUUCAUCCACAAAAUAGACCUACCCUGUAUUCACGAUAUUCUCCAGAACUCUGAAAAAAUACUAAUUGGUUGCCUUCUCUUUCAGAUCGGCUGAUAGAGAACCAAAAUUUAUUGUGUUCUACAGUAUGUUGGUUUCACUGUUUUCAUUGUUCUGUUUCAAAUGCAAGGCACGGUCGCCAAGUGUUAAUGUAAAAGUCCAUGGAACAAUGGCAAUAGUGGAACAAACAUGCAAAUCAUGCAAAGGCUAUACGUGGAGGAGCCAACCACUGGUGCUGGGGAAGUAUCCUGUUGGCAAUAUCUUGUUGAGUUUUGCAACCCUUAUGUCUGGAUCCUCGAUCAGUAAAGUUUUGCUGCUAUUUAGGCACAUGGGCCUUAAAAUAUACUGUGCUAGGACUUUCUUCUACCAUCAGAGGAAGUUUAUGUUCCCAUUAAUACUGCAAUACUGGGAAAAGUCUCGGGCAGUAUUAAUCGAACAACUAAAGGGAAUAAAGGAUAGCGUUUGGGCUGGAGAUGGCAGAUUCGAUAGCAUGGGACAUAGCGCGAAAUAUGGGUGUUAUACAAUGUUGAAUUGUAAUCUGACCAAACUUGUGCACUUCGAAUUACUUCAGGUAUUUUGAAUUUAUCGUUUUGAUGCUGUACCGUAUUUAGGAAAAUAAUACACAAUCCAAAGAGUAAAAUCUUAAGACCCUAGAUAUGGUUUUAAGGAGUAAACCCUUUCUAUAUUUACGUCACAAGUCUCUCCUUGGCCCAGGAGUCUCAUUCUCGUGCCAGUGAGUGAAUUGCAUUUCUUGUCGAUUUAUGGAAGCGAAGCUCCCAGGUCAAGGAAGUAUUUGUAACGUAAAUAACAAAAGGGUGUAUUGAAUGAAAUAACUCGUCAUCAUAUUACCUUAUCUUUACAGGCCAAUGAGGUUGGAAGUAGUAAUAAAAUGGAGUUGGAGGGUGCCAAGCGCUCAUUUGACGCAAUAAAAGUCAAGGAGAAGCUCCCAAUUAAGACGUUCGUGUCCGAUCGCCACCGCGGAAUAGGUAAAUGGAUGAGAACUAGUCAGAAGGAUACUACACACUAUUAUGAUAUCUGGCACCAGGCAAAGUCAACUGUAAAGAAAGUGUUGAAAGCAAGCAAAGAGAAAGGCUGCGAGAUAUUAAAAGAGUGGGCGAAAUCCAUCAGAAAUCACAUAUACUGGUGUGCUGCAUCUUCCAAGCCUGGAUUUUCAGCCCUUAUAGAAGCAAAGUGGUUGUCAUUUAUGAGGCAUGUCAAUAAUAAGCAUGAUGGACAUCCAAACGCAUUGUAUGACAAGUGUCAUCAUGGUGAGAUUACUGAAACUAAGAAGUGGAUUAAAGUUGGUACGUGGUAACAUGGUACAUUCCUUGGUGUCCAGGAGUGUGAUAUAUCAACUGGAUAGAAUGAUUUUUAACAUCUCAGUGUUUUCUAUCUUUCAUAGGAUCAAAACCCUACCAGAAACUGAAAAAUAUUCUGACAAAGAAAACCCUAGUCAAAGAUAUUAAGAAACUUUCACCUGUGGUCCAAACUAGCUCCUUAGAAGGUUUCCAUUCAGUGUUGAACCAUUGGCAUCCCAAGAUGAUUUGCUUUUCUUGGUUAGGGACAUACUGCAGGUGAGCACUGAGUACUGAAAGUUAGUAACCAGUCUCAUAACUACUCAUCAGUAUACUUAUGCAAAAACCACUUAUAUUUGAUAGAAAUCAGUAGAGGAAUUUAACAAUUUGACUAAUAGUGACUUUAUUACCCCUAGGCACAUCCUAGCAUGCCUGCACUUUAAUGAGAAUACCCAUAGGGAGAAAAAGAUGUCCAAGAAAGGCACCCCAUAUAUAAGGGUUACCUACCCAAAAUUUAAGAUGGGUGAAGAAAUGGUCAGAGAAAUUUCUGUCCCAGCAACAUAUGAUAUGUGUAUAUAGGCUAGUGUAAAAUGAUUUGAACCCAAAAAUAAAUGCUGGUACAUAUUUUAAUAAAUGGAAUUAUUUAUAACAUUUCCUGAAGUUAUAUAGAUGAAAUGCGUCGAGAACUUCUGUACACAUGCAAUAAGGAAGAUUUGAAGAAGACAUAUGAAGCAUACAAAGCUAAGGAACCUGGUUCACUGACAAGCCAAUUUUCUGAUCGCAGGACUAAGGAGGAAGCUAUUAGAAAUCAGGCACAGAGAAAAGGGAAAAUAACUGAAUUGUUUCCCUCAGGUUGGUUGGUUUGUUUUUAGUUCCUAAUAAUAUAACCCGUAAUGGUAUUUCAGUCUGUCCAACAUCAGAUGAUUUUCCUAAUGGGUCAUUCCAGAAAACAUCCAUACCACCCCCACUGAGGAAAUAGGAAGUUAACCCCCCUACCCCCUUCGGAUGUCCUAAUACAUUUACUAUUAUCAGAAACAGUUUUUUCUCCCCUCCCCCUCCGGACGGCAGAAAUUUCCUCCGUGGGGGGAGUAUGAUUUUUUUCUGGAACAUCCCAAUGACUAUUGUUAACCUAUUAGCUGGCAAACCACCCCUAGCCUUACACAAUUUCCAAUUCUUGCCUCAAGAGCUUAUAAGCAUGCUCUUGGAUAGUAUCAAGGAAAGAAUGUUCUACCUGCUUCUGAAAAUGUUGUUAAAUUUAUUGAUGAAGCCAUAGUACUGUAUGUUGUGGUGUUUAUUAUACAGCUAUGUAAGAAAGCAUCUUAUGCUUUGUUUAGUUGAAACUCAACACCAAGACCAACUGAGAGAAAAGUCAAGAUCUACCAACAAGGACAAACGCAAGACUCCUUGUUGCACAAAGUGUGGGAAGCCAAUGAAAGGGCAUAAAAAAAGCACGUGUCAAUCAAAUACAGCUGGUCAACAACAAAAUGUUUAG